AUGGCGCUUCUCAGUCCGACCUUCGCCCUCGGUAUCUUCGUCCUCCUCUACCUCUCCUCCUUCGUCCUCUUCGCUGUUCUUCGAAUCGUCACCGGCAUCUCCAUCCAGCGGAUAGGCUACUUCUCCCUCCGGCGCCUUGCCUACUCACCCAGAGAUGGCAUCAAGAUCGAGAUUCGCGGCCUGGGCCUAAACAUUCAUCGUCCGACUUUUGCGCAACCCACGUGGUUGAGCAUAGUUCUCAGCGACCUGACCGUGACCGCCGAUAUUAAGAAACUCGAAGAGCGGAAGCCUGCCACGGACGAGACACCACAAAGUGUGGAUCGAAAGACUGAUAAUGCGGAGGAGGAGGAAAUAGACCCGCUACUGGACCUGCCUCCUCCAGAUCAAACCGAAUCUAGAUCCGAGGCCGAGACGUGGUCACGCCUCCAAAAGCUCAAAGAGAAGGUGAAAAAGUUGCACCACAGCGUGAAAUGGCUGCGCUUGGUGGAUGUCGUCGUGACCAACUCGGUCAUCAACGUGGUCGAUGUGGGCAGCCUUCAGGUUGGAAGCUUGACGCUUGCCGUGGAUACGAGACACAAAAUGGCUGAUCGAGCUCGAUUCUUCUUCCACCGAUCCGAUUCUUCAAUGGAAAACGCUGAGGCCGAAUGGAUAUUGACCGUCCGGAGUGUCUUUUUCGCCGUGGAUGGCAAGGAAUCCCUCCAGAUCCUCGACCAUGCAUUGCUAAACGUGCACGGGUACCUGUAUCCGUCACAGGAGGGCCUCCGAGAUGCGACCGUUGCCUUGAAGCUCGGCAGGGUCCAGAUUCCGUACGACGAGUUGCACCACUGUGCAACCAAGUUCAAGCUGUCUCGCAAGAAGACAAAGGUUGCCAGCUUGGAUGACCCCGUGGACAUCUUUGUUAGCAAAGUGCAAGAUGGAACUCCCAGCAGCGCGAAUGAGCACUUGAUGAAGACUGUUUCAGACUCCAAGCAAUUCUUCAGCUCCAUCUUGCGAGGCAUCAAAGAAGUUCAGUUUGCCGUUAGCUUUGUCGGCCUCGUCAAAAAGGUUGAGUCUGUCAACCCUUGUGCGAAACCCGUGCACCUCACUGCUUCCAUGAAGGAAGUUGGCAUCGACCUGCAUCGCCUAGAUCCAAAAUCGCCCGCACAUCGCAUGUACUUCCCGUCCACGGACAUCGCCCACGAAGCGCUGGUGGCUGCCCUCUCCAUCUCGGUCGGCAUGGACGAUGGCCUCGGUAAACCGCAGCGGAUUGUGUACAUCCCCAUGGCUACCACGACGGUCAGAACCACCUUGCCUUCCAAGACCAUCCAGUUUUCUCAGGUGGAUAGCUUUGAAGACAAGAAUGCCAAUAUCUUGUUCGCCAACUCUGUCGUCACCUCCCCAUCUAUCGAUCUUGAUCCAAGACACCUGCCCCUCUUGAUAGCAAUGAUGCGAUCUAGACCAAAGCCUCCAAAGACGGAACAAAGGCAGCAGCAGGAAUAUCUCCUUUCCCGACUGCUUCCCAAGGCGAGUAUUAAGUUUACUAUGCACGAGCCUGUUCUCCGCAUCAAGCUCAAGCCUCUCGGCAAGACAGAGGACCCAGAUGAUUACGGUCUCAUCAUUUCAUCAAUCUCAUCUGUUGCUCUUGACGCUGAAUCAUCUCAUUCACCGCUUGAAGACUUGCACUACUCUCUGGAUGGAGCAAUGCGGCUGCAAUCCCACCACCUAUACUAUCAAGCUGUAUCUGGCGAGAGGUUUGACUUGAUAACAACUGAAUCUUUCGACCUCAAGGUCCACUUGGCAGCCAACCCCGAAGUUUCUGUCGAUGCCACGAGCAACAUUCAGUCCUUCUCAGUCAGCAUGGUACGGCCGGAAAUCACAGAUGGCGUUCGUCAGAUUGUCCGCCAGCUACGUACCGAUGUCGAGCCAACAAAGCGAGCCAAGCCCAAGUCAAGAAGGCAUCCCAACUUCCUAAGAUCGGUCCCUGAAUGGCUUUUCCGUUAUCAAAUCACGGCAAAUGAUGUCAACAUUGAGAUUGCCGGUGUAGACGAACAAAUAUCCGAUGAUAGUAAAGGCAUAUCCCUGCAUCUUGACGGCAUGUCGGCCGAGUAUCGUGCUCAAAGACUGGACGGCUUGCAGAGACGGAUGCUCAGGAGACGAACUCACAGCCGAUCCCUCACUCAGUCAGACUCUGAUUUCGCCUCUACGAGUCCGACAAGGUCGAGAAAGAAGCCCCAGAAUAUCGGCGAUGGUAGUCGUCUGGUGUUCAAUGCCAGAGGUAUUGAGGCUCAAAUCAUCGAAACCGCUGAGCAGCUUGAGCUGGAGCCUUUCAUCAACGUGCCUCGCCUUGAAUUUUCACUCUCUGCGUCAAGCGAUAAUCAUGGCCCGCUGUUUCAUAUCCAGUCCUCGAUUCGUUCCAUCAUGGUUCAGUAUUCACUCUACCGACACUACGCUGUAGGUGUUGCUAUGAAGACUGUGAGACAGGCCUUCAUGAGAACCACUGGUGACGCGCCAAGGGCUUCACAGCAAGGUCCACCAAAGUCGGAUCUUCUAGUCCCUCCCACCACCUCUGGAUUCUCUUCUGCAGAUUCGGCCUCUACAAUCACAGACUCCGUAGUCAUUGACGUGAAAGUAGCUUUGAUUCAGGUGAAGGCGGAGUUACCACAUGACCCCAUGAUAAUGCUUCACAUCUAUAGUGUGGAUGCCGGGCGUCAGAGGUGGUCUACGCCGUAUCUGUCGUCUAAGCUAAUACGCCUGUACGUUGCAUCUCCACGCAUGCGCAAUAUAUGGUCGCGAAUGGUUAGCAUAAAAAAUGGACGCCUUGACCUGCGAGAGUCCAAGCACAAGUCGAACCAGGGAGACUACAAGGAAGAGAAGCUUAUCGACGUAUCUGCUGAAGCGAUCCGGAUCGGCAUUCCGCACGAGGUCGUUGUUCACCGUAUUACCGAUAACAUUAUCAACACGAUUAAAGCAGUGCAGCAGCUGCAGCACCGCUUCAAAACGGGAACGAACGAGUACAUCUUGGAGAAGAAGCCUGAAGGUCCCAAAACUGUUCCGAAAAUAUCCAUUCGAUCACGAAACUUCCUUUUCGAGAUGGAGGAUGGCGCAUUCGAAUGGAAGCUGGGCAUGAUUUAUCGGGCAGGGCGUAUGGAGCAGAUACAGAGGGCUACCAGGGAAGAGGCAUUCCGCAUCAAGCUAAAUCGGGUGCGGGAAGAGGAACUGAAGCGGGGGAUUAAUGGCAAGAAUCGUUCUCGAUCUGCUUUUCCUCGUGGGAGGACAGAAAACUCCUCAUCUGCGUGGUUCCGUAGCCGAAGCUCCGAUGCCACGAAGCAAGACGAACGGGGUCGCGAGGGUCGACACAGCGCCAUGCCGAGAUAUAACCCUGAAAGCGAAACCCUGGGCAUCAACGGAAAUGCAAAAGUUUCAGUAGAGGAAGCGCGCCUCCAUCUGGACAUGUUCAAUGCUCAGUCAUGGAAAAAGAGGAUUGAUCGGGCUUAUCAGGUAUCUCGAGAUGGUGUCAAAGAGUUGCGCGGCCUAUUCUGGGGACAGAACGAGAUGCCGAGCGACGUUGAAGAGACGGAAAACAUCUUGGAGGUUGCUCCCAGACCGGCGUUGAUGGCCACUUACAUUUCCAAUCUCCACAUUGCCGUUGACAAGCCAACGUUCCCCCUUGAAGAUCUCCCCGACUUCAUUUACAAAGUCGGCAAAGGAAUGCCCAAAGAUAUGCAAUACAGCCUCUUGGUGCCGAUGCAUAUCUCCGUCGAUAUGGGUGAAGCCCGCUGCUCGCUACGCGACUACCCUCUGCCACUGCUACACAUCCCGGGGCUGAAAGCUGGGCAGUCUUCUAGACUGCAAGCUGUCUCUUUGAGAACGAACUUUGUUUUGGCCGAGGAGUUUAGAGGACUGGAGUCCUCACGGCGAGUUCCCGUGAACAUCAUCCCCCCCAAGAGCUCGGAUCCGGGUGCAUCUAAAGAGGGAUGCUUUGCGAUUGAAGUGAGGCGAACCAUUGGCCCUGUCAAAUCUUUCUCGGAUGUCUACAUGGACAUCAACACAGCUCUUCCCACGAGGAUUACAUGGGGUCCCUGCUACCAACCAGCAAUUCAGGACAUGAUGAUGGUCGUUGAAUCAUUUACCAAGCCGCAGAUCGAUCCGUCUGAACGAGUUGGGUUUUGGGAUAAACUUCGACUCAACUUCCAUUCGCGCAUCCAUGUUGCCUGGAAAGAGGACGGCGAUAUGCAUUUUGCCAUGAAGGGCACACGCGAUCCAUACCAGGUAACUGGGCAUGGUGCGGGCUUCAUCAUGUGCUGGCGAAACGACAUUAAAUGGAAUAUCAAUGCAGAGGAUAACCCCAAGAGAUUCAUGACUGUGGAUAGUGGCGAAUACAUUCUUGCCAUUCCGGACUACAGCAUGCAGGUGCGGGAAGCUGCCCGACUUCGAGAUGAUGAUAGUAGUCGACUUGCGGAUGACCAUUUAAGAUGCGGUCCGGCUCAGUUUAAGAAAGUCGUCAUGAAGCUGUCCGGCAGAGUGCAAUGGCUCGCUGGCCUCGUAUUUGAGCGUGCAAUUGAGGACGGCAGACGAAGUUUUGACUUCAAACCUCACUACGAGGUUGUUCUCAAGAACCCGCUCUUUGCUGAGCCCGAUGAGAAUGGAUGCCCUUAUGAUGCUAUGCGCGGGUUCAGGAGCCGUCACAUUCACUUGUCAAUUGCGGUGCGUGCACCGGCUGAUCGCGAAUGGAUGUCGCAGAGCCUUGAACCCUCGCGGAGUUACAACACGAUCCAUCUUACUCCUCGCUUCUUCACGCACUUCUUCGCUUGGUGGGGACUCUUCAGCGGACCCAUGUCGCUUCCUAUUCGGCAGGGUAGCCUAUUCCCUGGGAGAGAAAAGAAUAGCAAGAAAUUCGGGAGACACUUGGCGACUGUCAAGUACAACCUCCUGUUUGCUCCGCUGUUCCUGAGUCACAUUUACAAGCACAAAGAUGCCGAGGACUACUCCGAGAACGCCGUUUCUGCAACUGGCCUGAAAGUUCGGUUUGAUAGCUUCAUGCUUGAUCUUCAUCAGCGUCGAGAAGAGUUCGACACCAUUGCCAAGACCAAGAAUUCGCCCAGUCGAAUCACUGGAAUCAAGCUCCAUGCAGCACACUUGGACUUGGCGUGCGCGGAUAUUCGAGCCGUCUCUGCCAGUUUGUAUGGCACCACGACGGAGGCCAUCAAGAAGGGAUCAAUUUCACAUCUCACCCUCGAUCAGGAUGAGAAGCCGGAUGUAUCUCGCUUCACAAUCCCCGACGGAGAUUAUAGCUGGAUCGAUAUGGACGAUUUUGUCGAGUUGGAUUGGAUUCUACCCACCGAAGCUCAUCCAGAGACCCAGAUUCUGCCUCUUGCUUAUAUCCCUCGAUUAACUUACUUCCGUCAAACCGACAUUGGGGGUAUAAUUGCCGGAGAUCCUACGAGAACAAGCCCAUUUGGAAACGAGCCCACACAUUUUUGUACCAUGAGUGAAGAAAACGACCCAAAGAGUGUACAGGCGCAUCUAAUCAAAGAGCGUCUAGCUCAACUUGAUGAACAGAUCCGGGCACACAUCCGGCAUGUGGGCGAGGCUGAGUUGAAAGUGAUACGUACUGAUUCCAAGGACCACGAGAUUCUGGAAGACUUUGAUACCCUUCGUCAGCAUUCCAAUGUACUUCGGGACAAGAGGGCAUUCCUUGAGACUAUGCUGGAGCGAAUGAACGCCGGAGCAUCGACCAACGGCCAUGCGUCAAGCGGAGCGGCCAGCACGCAUCGAUCUGAAGGCUCCGUGGAUUCACCGAGUGAUCACAUGGACAUGCCCUCCAUACCCUCCAAUGCUGAGUUUGAAAGCGAGUUUGAGAACCGCUUCGUGAUUCACAAUAUGCAGCUGAAAUGGAACAACCUGUUGCGUAACAUUGUGCUGCGAUAUGUCCACCAGAGUAGCCAACGACGUGGCUUUAUAUACUACCUAUCCAGACCAGCAGUGAAAUUCAUUCUGGACAUGGUAGACGAGCAGACAAAGGCUAGGAUGGGGAAAGACAUGAACUCAGAGCCGGCAUCGGCUGCCAACGGGACUCCCACGUCUCCAGAUACUCCAACUCAUGAAAAAGACGCCGCAACAGACCUCGAAGACCGAAUUAAAGGCAUCUUGGCGGAUGGGCGGAAAUUCUCGACGAGCACAGGCUUUGCUCUCAAUGCCAAUGGCGUUGUGGAAGGCUCCCUUGAAGAUUUGGAGAGUGGUAUAUCAGACGAAUUCAACCCGCAAUGCAGUUAUCAUGUGCGGCUUAUCGCGCCGCAAAUUCAGCUACAGAGCGAAAAGAACAAGAAGCACGUUGUUUUGGUUACUUCAAAAGGAAUGGAACUGAAAGUGGUGGAAGUCAUGGACAAGUCGCGAAUUGCGGACCAAGUCAGCGGCCUUGUUCAACGCCGAUUCCUGGUCAACAUGGACAGCACUCAGUUCUUCGUCACGCAUCAGAAAUGGUUCCUCACCAACCUGGUAUCCAUGUAUGCGGGCAGCAAGUAUGGCACGCCCACGGGUUCCUCGUGGCCGCCAUGGGUGCCUAUGGAGGUCAUGUUUGACUUCCGCACCGACCCAUUCGGCUUCAAGCGUGUUGUGCAGAAAACUUCAGCCAUGCUUCGGUAUGACAAGUACAACAAUCUGCGUCUCAAGUAUAACGACGAAGUUGGUGGUGAAAACACAGACGAAACCGCCGAAGAGCCCACGGAGAAACGUGUGGAUAACCUCUGGGUGGAAUUCCCGCAAGCUCGCGCUCUCUGUAACUCAUCGCAGUAUUACGCGGUGUAUGUCAUCGUGCUUGAUCUGCUCAUGUACAGCGAGCCCCUCGAAAAGACGAGGAAUGAGCGCUUGGAGAAGAUUAUACUCGGGUCUGACUUUAGUGACCUGAGCGGUAUUCCAGAGAUGGUGAUGAAACUGCAGGACCGCAUCAGGCAGAUGGAGGAAAUCAAAUCGCAUUUCCAGAUUUACUCCCUGCAUUUGGACAAGAAGGGGUGGGAAGAUCGCUUGGCCCUGGAGCGUGACCUGGCCGCUUCUGAGGAUGAACUUUUCUUCAUGAUGAAGGCCAUCAUGAGUUCGCAGAGACGACUCGAAAAGAACAAUACACGCUCUGACGCGCUGUUGAAAUGGAGCAUCUCUGUGAGAGACAUUGUCUGGCACCUCAUGCAGGAUUCGAAUGAGCCGCUGGUUGAACUUCAACUUAAGAAUUUAGAGUACGACCGCACCGAUCACUCGGAUGGCUCCCAUAUGAAUCUGGUUCGCGUUGGAAAGCUGCUUGGCCUGAACCUUUUGCCGGACGCGACAUACCCGGAGAUAAUAACUCCAUAUCACGAAGGCGAGAGGCCAGGUACUCGGUACGGCGACGGCGAUUCCGACAUGAUUCGGGUCUACUGGUACAUGUUAGAGGCCAUAGCAGGUAUCCCCGUUAUGGACCAGUUCGAGAUAGAGUUAUUUCCCAUCAAGAUUCAACUGGAACGCGAAGUCGGUAAACGCUUGUUCGAAUAUAUCUUCCCCGGUAUGGAUAUGGAGCAGGCAGAAGAUGAGUCCAAGACGAAUCCUUCCAUUGUGGUUCGACGCGAUUCGAAUGAGGCGGAUGAAGAAGGAAACGCGUCCCCCAAGAGCACAAUCAGCAGGACCGGUACGCCAAGCUUGGAUACUUCAUUCUCAACCCGUCCGGGUUCGCUCGAGCUGCGUCUUAAGCCGACACUAUCAUCCGGCGUCGCAGAGGAAAGAACUUCGAAGAAGACCCUGGGCGUUAACAACGGCGAGGGCGGCGGCCAUUUCAGACUUUUCCGUUCAGGCACUUCACGAACACUGGGCAAGAAGUCUUCGAUUGAGUCUUUGCGACCAUUGACGGCGACUCCACGACCCGGUGUUGUUGGUCGGUCUUCAACUGGAUUUUCUUCCAGAGACAGCCGGGAUUCGGAUUCAAAGAAGUCUACACGCUUCGGCUUACGAAGCAGGCAUAACACCGACGACAAGCAAAUGUCUGAUGAUCUCACCAAGAUGAUUGAGCGAGCCAACAACUACAUAACGUUUGCGCAUAUCAAGAUACCGUCCGUUGUGCUGUGUCUCAGCUACAAGGGCAAAGACCAACGCAACUUUGAAGACGUUCACAACUUUGUGUUCCGCCUGCCUCUCAUUGAGUGGCAGAACAAGACUUGGUCAAACUUGGAUCUCGCUUUGGCGCUGAAGAAGGCCGUCGUGAGAGCUCUGAUUUCACAUACCGGUGCUAUUAUUGGAAACAAGUUCUCAAAGCACAAGCCCAACGCAGAGCAGCGGAAUAGGCUAAGAGAACUUGCAAGCAGCUCUGCUCUCAUUUCACCAAUGUCUUCUAGCCUGUCGCAGAAUUACACACCCAGCAUUCACGAUAGCGAUGACUCGGCAAGUAUGUACGGUACGUCGCCGAUAGACUACUCACGUUCGCCUCCGCGGUCUACUCGCAGCAGCAUUCGCAGUGGCAUUCCGGCUCCGCGAUCUGCAAGUCGCAGCAGCAGCAUCACCAGCAGUAGGUCUCAUUUGACAAGUGCCUCUGCUCAAAAUAUUCCCCAGGUCCCAUCGUACCUGACAAUGACGCCCCCAACGCCGGUAGACGCUACCGGCAGGGGUGAUGGCCACAGCAGCCUGGCCAUUGAGCUUCUCAGGCCGUCCUCCAGCCAGGGAGUAGGAUCCCAUCGCCAUGCUAUGAGGACCUUGUCCGGCGGCAGCGAAUCAAGACCCUCUACCAGCGCUGGACAUGUCGAUAUGACUGACCGCAAAAAGAAUCCUGGGCCCACCAGUGUUAGCAGCGGAGGGUUUGGUCUGAGGGACAAGCUUACCGCUUUUACGCAGAGGAUGAGCCACCGAGAACCUGCUGCAGUGCAGACUGACGAGCCUGAGGAAAUGAAUGAGGAAGAGGCUGCUGCUUCUCCAACGUCGGAACACAUGCAUCAUGAAGCACUGAGAAAUAAGAGGCUAAGCUGGUCUCAGUCACGAUCCAAGACGACUGGUUGA